GUUGCCAACAGAUGUCACCUUUGCUGAUUUGGAUCUGGGUUACAACAGUUUUAUCUCGCAUUGGUGGUGUUGCAUUGUGCUGUUCAUUAUCGUUAAUGCUUGAUUUCUUGUCAGCCUUGGAGCAUCAGAGAAGCUCUGUUCAUAUCUUUUUAAAUCAUGAGUCGUUUUGAUCCAGUGGUAAUAUGCUUGGUGCUUGGGUACUUCUUUUGUGGAGGAGUCAUUGAUGUAGGUGAAACGACUACCACCAAAGCAGCAACAUCUGGUAACUGCUCAGAGCAGGAGUUUGAGUGUCCCGAUGGAACCUGCAUUCCCUUGGAACAACGUUGCAACUUCUUCCAGGACUGUCCGCAUUUUGGCGAAUUUCUCCGAGGCGACGAAACUGGAUGCUUGGAAAUUUCGUGUUCCUUUGAAAACGGACACUACUGUGGAUGGAGCGUGCACGCCGAUACAGGAGGAUUCGCAUGGAAUGAUACUCAAGCUAAAGACAAGCCUGUCGAGAAAUCCCCUCCUGUGGAUCAUACGUUGGGAGAUGAAUCUGGUUGGUAUCUUCUCGCAAAAUCUGGAGUAUCGCAGGAAGCAGAAACGUGGCUUUACCCAGAGAUCCCACCGGGGCGAACUUCUGACAGCUGCCAACUCAAGUUCUGGUACUGGCUCGCUGGUGACAGUCCUGGAUCUCUCCACUUGGUGAAAACAGAUGAGAAAGGAGAAAGCCGCGAAAUAUGGAUGGCUGAUGGAAACCAAGGAGAAGAAUGGCAUUCGGACUUGGCUGCCGUAGGAAAUAUGGUCAACCAAAACAUGACGAUAAAUGCAAGAAGGGGCGAGACUUACAGUGGGGUUGGUGCCUUAGAUGACUUCAUGUUUGUAGACUGUCAAACCCCUUUUUAUCCUCCUGCUAACAAAACCUGCAUGGAUUUUGAGCAGUUCCAGUGCAAAAAUGGGAUGUGUGCUUUGCAGUCUGCUGUCUGUGAUUAUGGUAUGGAUUGUCCAGACUUCAGUGAUGAGAACCCAGUUACAUGCCUCAAUUACAAAUUCAGCUGUGAUUUUGAGAUUGGAUUCUGUGAUGACUGGCAGCAGGAUACUGAUGACACCACAAACUGGAUUCACUUGCAAGCUUCUGCUGAAGUAGAGGGGACUUCACCCGAGAACGAUCAUACUGAACUAACAGGAGACGGUCAUUAUAUUCUCCUAAAUACUGUUCCAGUAGUAGAACAUGUUAUUGCAAAUGGUAGAAUUUCUUCCCCUGUUCUUCUGGAUAGUAGCAUGGAGUGUGCCUUAAGGCUGUGGUAUCAGUUUACUGGAGAGGAAUCUGGAACUUUGAACAUAUAUGUACGUGUGUCAUAUUAUGAGGAUGGUUUGCGACUAGUGGUUAAACGCACUUUACCAAAGAAUGUUUGGAUCAAAGAGACUGUUACUUUUAGUCCAUAUGUUGAAGGAAAGAAUUACCGGGUAGUAAUUGAAGGUAUAAAUGACAAAUUUGGUAAAGGUAACUUAGUCAUAGAUGAUCUGUCAAUGACGCCUAGUUGUGAAGUAUCAGAUGACCAAACUUUGCCAGGUCAGGACACAAUUUCAACACCUGUGCCAGUCUGUCCUCCCGGUCAGUUGACAUGUAACAGCGGUGAAUGCUACUAUCCAAGUGACAGGUGCAAUUUCAAAAAUGACUGUUCUGAUGGUACUGAUGAACAGGGUUGUGCUAAAAAUUGUGACUUCGAGACAGAGGGAGACUUUUGUGGAUGGUAUGAAAAUUCUGGUAGCUCAGUACACUGGGCUGUAAAGGGAUUUCCUGCUGAGGAACCAGGUCCAGCAGCAGAUCAUAAAGGAGAUAGUUCUGCUCAUGCUCUUUCAGUCUCAUUGCAAACUGGAGGAAAAGGUCGAGAAGCAGUUUUACAGUCUGGUACAUAUUCUGGUGUGAGUAAGAAUUGUAUAUUGGAAGCCUGGUAUUAUAUGGCAAGUGAUGGUGAUGACAGCUCCCUUUCUCUCUACAUGCAAGAUGAGCAGGUUUCAAAACAUAUAUUUGAAGCCGAUGUGAAAUCACAGUGGGACUUGAUGAGUGUCAGCAUAUCCUCGGAAAUGAAUUUCCUUUUGUACUUCCAAGCUAUAAUGGGAGGAAACAAAGUCUAUACUGCUUUGGAUGACAUAAAUUUCAAAAACUGUUCAACCGAGACUAAGAAAUGUACUCGCACUGAGUUUCAGUGUAUCGACGAAGAAAACUGUGUACCUUAUUAUGUAGUCUGUGAUGGAAAGUAUGAUUGCCAUGAUAAAACGGAUGAAGAAUCUUGCAACUUGAAAAGAAACCAGGGAGACUGUGAUUUUGACCAUGAAGACUGGUUGUUGUUGUGUGAGUGGGAACAGUCUGAAGAUGACGACAUUAAUUGGAAUCGAGCAAAUCGGACAAAUGCUACAAUAGUUGGACCUUCUGAAGAUCAUACAUUUGGAGAUGGAGGAUAUUACAUCUACGUAGGUGAUUCAGGAGAGCCAGGGAAGGUAGCAACAGUUGGUCCUGUUUUUAUGUAUCCACCAUCAAAUUUGAUAUGUUACAUCAGAUAUUGGUAUUACCUAAGUGACACAUCCGAAGAAGAUUUCAACUUGGGAGCUCUUAGAGUCUACUUACAAGAUGAAAGUGGACUCAAAUCACUGGUGUCAUCUCAUAAGGCAAGGCGACCUCCUAAAUGGCAAGAGGACAUAUUGCAGUUGUCGUCAGACAAGAAUUUUAAGGUUUUAUUUGAAGCAGAAACUGGUGACCGUGAACAUACAUAUAUUGCUCUUGAUGAUGUCUCCUUUACCCGGGAAUGUGUAACAGGAGUUCCUCCACCUAACUCAACCUGCCUACCUCAUGAAUUUGAAUGUGAAGAUAGCCAGUGCAUUCCUCAAAGGCUCCACUGUAAUUUCUUCAAUGACUGUAAGGAUGGAAGCGAUGAAAUAGACUGUCCUGAUCCACCUCCUACUUGUAAAGAGACAGAAUUUAAUUGUGGAGACGUAGAUAAGACGUGUAUACCUGCUGCCCUACUGUGUGAUGGCAUUGAUGAUUGCCCAGGCAACUCCGAUGAAGAGAACUGUCCAGAUGGAACGCCUUGUAAUCCUGGAUCUAUUUAUUGUGGUGAUCCAGAUUUAAAUCCACCUUGCCUUGUAGCUAAAUACAUGUGUGAUAAGAAUGUGAGUUGCCAGUCCUACCAAGCAGAUGAAUCUUUGUGUGGUGUGUGUCCAGAAAACCUGUGCCUUAAUAAAGCAGAAUGUGUCCUUGAAGAAAAUAAUGUACCCUCUUGUCGAUGUGUUGAUGACUACAAAGGAAACCGAUGUGAAAUAGAGCCUGAUGGAGGUCUGAGUGCUGGCGCGAUUACUGGAAUAGUUGUUGGAUGUCUUGGUUUUGUUGCUCUUGUAGCUGUUAUAAGUUAUUAUUACAUACAGAAAACAAGGAUAUCAAAUUCUCCUGGAUAUAUCCUAAAUCAACUGAAGUAGGUGCAUUUCUACAGCUACUUAAGGAAGUAAGCUAGCUCCCAAGAUGGCACCCUUAUGACUACUGUUGAAGCAAAACUUUUCAUUUGUUACUUACAGCUUCCUUUCAUUUGUAUUUUUGUGGAUAAUAGUAUUUUCUGAUAUGAGAUUAUAUUGUUUUUGUUAAUAAAAAGUUUUUAAUUCAGAA